AGUCGCCAGGUAACACGGUCACUCUUUAAACCGAUACACCUAUCCAAGUUAGCUUAGUGUAGCUAACUUCAAAUGACAAGCUUUAUCAACUGAAUUGUGUCAUUCUAUUGUACUUUUUACGUUGUGCCGUCGUUAUAUAUGGAAUCAUACUUAAUUUCAGUUUAAUAAAUAGUCUGAAGGGGAAAGCAGUAAAAGCUUUACGUAGGCGUAGUGGGGGCUCGGUUUGUUAUGCUAACUUAUAGGUUAGCUAGCUUAGUGUGACACACCAACACACAGAUGUGAAGUCAGCGUCCUAAAGUUAGCUGACUCUUAAUAAUGACGGUAAUCGGUGUCAAAGUCAGGCCAGCAGGCGUUAUGUAACUCAGGAUAAUCACAGAGUUUGAGGAUGGAGCAGCUGGAGGAGAGGAGGUGAUAAUAUGAAAGGAAUCUUCAGAAUGUCCUCAGGUCACAGGCUGAGAGAUGUGGAGCAGCAGCGCCCCCUGCUGGACACGGAGGAGGAUGUGGUGGAGAGGUGCUCCCACAGUGGGGCUACGAAGCCCCUCUGGUUCAUCCAGGACUGCUGCGGCAUGGUGUGCGCCUUCAUCACCUGGUCCCUCGUCUUCUACGCUGACUUUGUGGUCACCUUCGUCAUGCUGCUGCCCUCCAGGAGCUUCUGGUACGCCGUGGUUAACGGGGUGCUCUUCAACAGCCUGGCUGUGCUGGCGCUGGCCUCUCACAUCCGCACCAUGCUGACUGACCCGGGAGCCGUCCCGAAAGGAAACGCCACUAAAAAGUACUUGGAGAGUCUGCAGCUGAAGCCGGGCGAGGUGAUCUACAAAUGUCCAAAAUGCUGCAGCAUCAAGCCGGAGCGGGCUCAUCACUGCAGUAUCUGUAAGCGCUGCAUCCGUAAGAUGGACCACCACUGUCCAUGGGUCAACAACUGUGUCGGGGAGAAGAACCAGCGCUUCUUCGUCCUCUUCACUAUGUACAUCUCUAUGAUCUCCGGUCACGCUCUGGCGCUCUGUGGAUACCAGUUCGUCACCUGCAUCAGAGUCCAGUGGGGACAGUGCAGUGAUUUCUCUCCCCCGGUGACCAUGCUGCUGAUGAUCUUCCUCUGCAUGGAGGCGCUCCUCUUCCUCACCUUCACAGCCGUCAUGUUCAGCACGCAGCUCCACUCCAUCUGCAACGACGAGACGGAGAUCGAGCGUCUGAAGAACGAGAAACCGACGUGGGAGCGUCAGACUCGGUGGGCGGGGCUUAGGUCUGUGUUCGGAGGUCAGCCCUCUCUGCUGUGGAUCAGCCCCUUCGCUGGACUCAAACUACCAACCCUUCUACCGAAACGCACCAGGAAGGGCGGGGCUGAGUUCUCCGUGUGAGGAGAUGUCACUCAAAUCGUCCCACAGUGAGGCGUGCUGCACAGUGACCGUCUCCUCGGCGGUCUCUCUCUCUAAACGGAAGGUUUGAUUCUGAGCCGCCGGAGAAACCGAACUCUGCUGCAGUGCCCUGGAGCGAGGUGCCAGGUGUUCUCCUCUUCAGGUGUGUUCUGACCAAAGGGGGAGCAAAGAGUUCAUACGGAGUGAUACCGCUAACAGUCAAAGCAAAGACGACAAUCCUCACAGGGGAAUACGGAUUCAGCAAAUCAUACAACAGGAUAAAAAAAAAAAAACAGCUGGAGCAACAAUAUCUGAAGAACUUUUAAAUCCAGACUUUUUAAAGACUUGUUUAAUCAUUGGGCUCAGAAAUACUUUUAUUUUAAGCAUUAUAUGACAUGGUACUGAUCCGAGUCAUCAGACUGGGACCUGGUACUGAUCCUAGCUAACAGGUCAUCAAACUGGGAC